AUGCCGAUCAUUCGCGACUUCGCGAUACCAAAGGCCGCCAGCGACCUGGUCUUUCCACCGCCAGCCACGACCGUGUUCUUCAUCGCCUUUCUAGCCUCCGUGGACCCUCAGACCCGUAGACCGUGGUGUCCAGAUGUUGUGGCCGCCCUACCUACUCUGGAAGCCUCAUUCACGGGAGCGAAGAAGCCGGUGGCGGCGUUUGUUGAUGUGGGCAGCAGAUUAGAAUGGAAAGACCAGAAGAAUGUCUUUCGGGUGGGGUGGAAUGUCAACAGCGUACCGGCAUUGGUGCGCUUUGAGAAGUCUAGUGAGGGAGGGAUUCGGGAGGUUGGACGCUUGCUUGAAGGGGAGAUUCUGGACGAAGAGCGGUUGGGAAAGCUAUUGUCUUGA